AUGUGUUUUCCAAUGGCCUCUAUCCCCCUUGUUGUUGGUCGUGGGCAUACAGAUACAGUAACAGCCUUGUCACUCUCUGAUCGUCUGCUGGCUUCUGGAGGUGAAGAUGGCAAUACGUAUCUCUGGUCUCUGGAUCAAAGUCAAUUCCCUAUUCUUCAUGCUCGUAGAUUCGACCACUGCUCCAGUGUUAAAUUCAAUGUUAAUAAGUCCAACAUUUUGUACGGGGCUUACGGCCAGGAAAUCGUGUCAUGGGACAUCCGUAACCUAGCUGAACCGCUUGCUGUUUGGAAAGUGAACGAUGAAGAAAUAAACUCGAUUGAUGUUUCUGGAAAUGAGUAUCGCCUUUCAUCUGCAGAUAAUUCUGGAGCUAUUCAGAUUAUCGAUCUAAACACUGGUUGA